AUGCCCAGUGCAUUAGUGCUCAGUCACGCAGAUUCUCAUCCUCAUGAGCUGCAAAGGAUAUUCAAAAGUACAGGAGAAUGGAACCUUGUCGUAUUUGGUGGGAACAUCGUCAAGGAAGAACAAUGCCAGCGAGUCGAAAAUGUCGCCGCAGCAUUGUCCUCCCCUAAGUCGGCUGUUCAGAGAAUCAACGCCCGGAGAUAUCUUAAUCGCGACAGAGUUGUUGGGUCUCUCGUCGUCUAUCUAGUGCACUCAGCGCCAAGCACAGAAGUUGAUAUUGGAAACCUACCAGACAUUUUUCGUCCGCCUGAUGAGGAUACCGGGUUUGACUAUGGCAAAGUAUUUGUUGACAACAAGUCUUAUCACGUUGGUGGGGGGAAAGCAUAUGAGGAGUACGGGAUUUCGCCUUAUGGCUGUCUUGUACUGUUGAGAUCUGACCAACAUGUGGCUUUCAAAGGCGACUUAGAGGAUAUCGGUGAGCUUGAAAACUUUUUAGAAUCUAUCCAGCUGGGGGGCAUCAAUUGA